AUGGCUGCUUCAUCCAUUGCUAAAAAUGCAACUAGUUCACUUGGACGAACUAUUAAAACUGUUACUAUCAUAGGUGGCGGUUUAAUGGGUUCGGGUAUAGCUCAAGUAGCUGCUGAAAGUAAUCAUAAAGUUAUACUUGUUGAUCAAAAACAAGAAUUUCUUGAUAAAAGUUUAAAUAUAAUUCAAACAAGUUUAAAACGUGUUAUUAAAAAAAAAUUUGAUAAAGAUCAACAAGGAGGAGAAAAAUAUUUAAAUGAUGUUAACGGACGAAUUCAAACAAGUUUAAAUCUUGAAGAAUCUAUUCAAUCAACAGAUCUUGUUAUUGAAGCAAUUGUUGAAAAUCUUGGUAUUAAACAAAAAUUAUUUAAACAAAUCGAUCAAAUUGCACCAAAACAUACAAUUUUAACAAGUAAUACAUCAUCAUUACCAAUUACAGAAAUUGUUCAAGAUGUUAAACGACAAGAUAAAGUUGGUGGUUUACAUUUCUUUAAUCCAGUACCUGUUAUGAAAUUACUUGAAGUUAUUCGUACAUCAUCAACAAGUGAUGAAACAUUUCAAACAUUAUUAGCUUUUGGUAAAGCAUUAGGAAAAACAACUGUAUCAUGCAAGGAUACUCCAGGUUUUAUUGUUAAUCGUUUAUUAGUACCCUAUAUGAUUGAAGCUAUUCAUAUGAUUGAACGUGGCGAUGCAACUCCUGAAGAUAUCGACACAGCUAUGAAAUUAGGUGCUGGUUAUCCAAUGGGACCCAUUGAAUUAUUGGAUUAUGUUGGUUUAGAUACAUCGAAAUAUAUUGUUGAUGGAUGGAAAAAACGUUUUCCAGAUGAUGCAUCAUUUAAAACAAGUGAAUUAUUAAAUAAAAUUGUUGGAGAAGGUAAACUUGGCAAGAAAACUGGUGCUGGUUUUUAUAAAUAUUCCAAAUAA